AUGGCGGCUGAAAUAGAUGAUAAAGAGCGUUCAGAACGAAUGACGAGUGCUCUGAAAGUACUUGCAAAAAAGUUGGGAAAGGAGAGAGAAACAUCAUGUGAAAGAAGAGGAAAGAAAGAAUGUGGAGAAGGCGAGAGCAAGAAAGAGAGUGGGAGAGGAAGAGAGAAAUGGCUUGAGAGAAAGAGAGAGAAAAUUGAUAAAGAAAAGAACAAAGCAAGAGAUUCCAUGUUGAAACCAGAGAGAGACAAAAUCAAGGAGAAAGCUAGAGACCUAAAAAACGACAGGAGCCGGGGAAAGGAAAAGGAAAGAAUCAGAGAUAAAGGAAGGGACAGAGACAAUGAAAAAGAGCGCAGUACGGAGAGGGAACCAGAAAGGGAUAAAAGAAAAGAGCGAGUAAGAGAGGAUGAAGCACAAAGAGAAAGAGAAGAAGAGAAGAUCAGUCAGCAGUAUGGAACAAAGUCUAAAGGAUCAGAUAAUUCACCAAAGAGGACAUUAGAGGACCCUGUGAAAGAAAACAAAUCUUCAGCAGAUAAAGAGGUGUAGCUGGGUGACCAGGGAACAGCUCCAGCAAGCAACAGAGAAGUAUAUUUCCCAUGUUACAGAAAUAUUUUAUUUUUUCAUCUUAGUUCUAGUUUCAUUUUAACUCCAAAGCCUGACUGUUAUCUAAGAAACAGUAACUGUUUGUACAAGUGUUUAUAUACAUAUCUGAUUACCUACACUCAAAUAAAUCCAUUUUCUAUUUA